CCCUUCUCAACUGGAUUGCCAUACAACGAACACGAAAAGCACCAUGUUUAUAGGAAAGAUAAGGAGGAGUACUUACUAUUGCUUUCUUUUCCUUCUUAUUGCUGCUCUUGUUGGUAAAUCGACAGCCUCUCUUGGUGACCACCUUCCCGACUUCAAAGAAUGCGUCAAGGUUUGCCAGGCUGAGAAUUGCCAGGAUGGCAAUGAAGUAAUUCCUCUCCAUCUUCGCCUCAUGCUGUGGACAUGCCCUUCCGAAUGCGAUUAUACCUGUCAACAUGUCGUGACGGACCGCCGUGUCGCUCGUGAUUCUCCCAUGUUGAACCCAGUAUUACAAUUCCAUGGUAAAUGGCCAUUCCGCAGAAUCCUGGGGAUGCAGGAACCAUUUUCCGUUCUCUUCUCUUUGUUCAACUUUCUUGCCCACUGGCACGGAAUAGGACGCAUUCGUGAGACGGUACCAGCUUGGCACUCCCUGCGACCCUAUUAUAUUGCCUUCGGAUACUGCGGUUUGGCAUGCUGGACCUUCAGCGCCAUUUUCCACAUGAGGGACUUGUCCUUGACUGAAAAGUUGGACUACUUUGGAGCGGGGGCUAAUGUGAUGUAUGGUUUCUAUCUUGCACUCCUCCGGAUCUUCCGUCUGGACCAAGAGAAGCCUAGACAUAAACCAACUUUACGCCGUCUGUUGACCACGGUCUGUGCUUUGCUCUACACAUUGCAUGUGUGCUACCUCAGCUUCUGGUCGUGGGACUACACCUACAACAUGAUCGCAAAUAUCGUGAUAGGAAUGGCCCAGAACAUCCUGUGGGUGGCUUUCAGUAUUCACCGUUACCGCAAGUACGGCAAGGAAUGGAUGGCCUGGCCCGGAAUGAUCGUGGUCUGGAUUAUUUUGGCUAUGAGCCUCGAAUUGCUGGACUUUCCCCCUUGGCACGAGCUGAUUGAUGCGCAUAGCCUUUGGCAUCUUGGAACCGUAAUCCCAACUGCUUGGUGGUACAUGUUUCUCAUCAAGGAUGUCCAAAACGAUGUGGCGGGCGAUAGGCUGAAAGCCUGAUUCAGCUCAAUGGAUUAUGUAUCCUACGUAUCUGGACACGCAUGACCAUCAUCAUACGGUCUAUUGGUCCAGCUUCGUAUCACCAGUGCAGAUGAUCGGAUAGUAGUAGCUUGUAUUAUAUGAUAGAGUAGUUUUCAACCAACCGCGCAGGUAAUCAGCCAAUGAAUAGGGUAUUCCUAGCAUUUAUAAUGGACGAUUCUUUUUAGUUUAUUGUGCACUGAAUACCAGGUCUAGCAAA